AUGAAACUCUCCCAGCUCAUCUCUCUUGUUGCGAUUAUGGGCUCCACCGCAGUCCAUGCUGGAGGGAUCCUCAAGCAACGCUCCCCCGAUCCCGUGAUGGCUGCUCCUCGCGCCGUGGAGUCCUAUGUCGGCCCAGGACCAAUGGAUCCUGGCACCUGCUCUACUGGUGGCGGCAACGAUGGCGCAGGUUACUGCCACACUCAAGACAACGGCUCGGUGAAGUGCAACUCCGAAAGACCUGUUUGUCCCUCAUGUCUUCGGGCUCAUGUCGCAAGACUGACGAGUAAUGUUAGUGCUCCACGAACGGCAAUCCAUGCUGCUAUGGCGAGGUCGUUGUUUGCGAUGCUUCCAUCCCCUCGGGCGAGAACGGAUGUGGUACCUGAGCGCGGAUUGCUGUGCUUCACGCCGCGACCUCCAUUUGUCUAA